GUUGGACCUCCGAGAUCGACAACCUUCGCACAUCUUCCCAACCCCACUACCGCUUUUCCCACUACUGCAUUGUUAUUUGGCACCAUGGCUCGCCGUUACGACUCCCGCACCACCAUCUUCUCGCCGGAAGGUCGUCUGUACCAGGUCGAAUAUGCGAUGGAAGCGAUCUCCCUCGCUGGUACCGCCCUCGGAAUAUUGACGGCUGAAGGUGUCGUUCUGGCGGCGGAGAAGAAAGUUUCUAGCAAGUUGUUGGAACAACUUGCCAGCAGUGAGAAGGUUUACCAGCUGAGCGACCAUGUGUGUUGUGCUGUCGCUGGAAUCACGUCAGACGCAAAUACGCUCGUAAACUACCUGCGGCUGGAAGUGCAAAAGUACCUAUAUACCUACAACGAAGCCAUACCUGUUGAACAGUUAGUUCAAAAGCUUUGCGAUCUGAAGCAGGGGUACACUCAGUAUGGAGGUCUUCGCCCAUAUGGAGUAUCUUUCCUCUACGGGGGUUACGACAACGAUCAUGGAUUCCAACUUUACCACUCAGAUCCCUCGGGCAACUACAGCGGAUGGAAGGCGACUUGCAUAGGCGCAAAGUCUACGAAUGCCCAGAGUAUCCUGAAGCAAGAUUACAAGGAGGAUAUGACUUUGAAGGAAGCAAAGUGUCUGGCGAUCAAGGUUCUAAACAAGACGAUGGAUACAACAAACAUGGGCAGCGACAAACUGGAAUUCGCCACGCUACACUUAGGAACGGGUGGGAAGGUUAUCUACAAGCUAUACCAGCCCAAAGAGAUAGAAGAGUUGUUGAAGGAGGAGGGCGUGCUGAAUCAGGCAUCAGAAGGUGGCUCUGCGAUGGAUAUCUGAUGACAAAGAUGAUUUGCAGUGUAUCAUCGAAGUCUUCCUGCCACACCCUUUGUGGAUGUACAAUAAUGUAUCAUUGGCGUCUUUUUGAAAUGACUGUGCAUCGAUGGAAAUUGGGCGGUCCUUCGAGAUAAAGGAUGAUGCCGGGGAGUGCACUAGAAUGGGUAACAAUUCGUUACUGGGUCGGAGUGGUAGCGCAAAUGUCACCUACAGGCCUGCCUGAUGCAGUUGUGAUCGGACCGUGCUUGCGCCGAGCCGGUGAAGC